CGAGGGAUCUCUUUAUUUCUGUCUUUAUACAACUUUCGCUGGUUCAGGGCUUGGAUUGGGUUUCUGGGGUUCGGAUUCGGAAGAAGAACCAGUCUUCAGAGUUUCACGAGGUUUGGGUCUGAGUUUUAUAGUACGUAGUUUUUAGCCAUGGCUGGGAUGUGUUUCGGAGUUGUUGGUGAGACUGAGACCUCGGCGCCGGUUCAGCCGAGCUCGCGGGCGGUCAGGCGGAGGAAGAUGGAGAUUCACCAGUUAAGGUUCCUCGCCGCCGAUGUGGUGGCGGAGAGUGAAAGGAAACGUCGGAAGGUGGAGGAUGCUUCGCCGGCUUCGCCGUCGCGUGUGUGCUCAUACGCGCUUAAGAAUUGUAUAGUGGAGAACAAUGGAUCGGAGGCGAAGUCCGAGAAUCGGUGUGCGUCUCCGAGUUCUGCUUUCCAGAGCGAGCAUGAGGCGGUGGAGGUGUGUCCGAAGUUCGGUAUGACCUCUGUGUGUGGGAGGAGGAGGGACAUGGAAGAUGCGGUGGCGAUUCACCCGUCGUUCAGCCGCGGUAAUCCUCGGAAUCCGGCUGGCCUGCACUUCUUCGGCGUCUACGACGGGCACGGCUGCUCACAUGUGGCAAUGAAGUGCAAAGACCGAUUUCACGAGAUAGUGAGAGACGAGGUGGAAGGCGGCGUAGACGCUUCGUGGAAGGAAAUGAUGGAGCGGAGCUUCUCGCGUAUGGACAAGGAGGUCACUGAUUGGGGCAGAGGCGCCGGCGUCUCGGCCUCCAACUGCAGGUGCGACCUCCAGACUCCGCAGUGCGACGCCGUCGGAUCGACGGCUGUCGUAGCGGUUGUGGCGCCGGAUAAGGUCGUCGUCUCCAACUGCGGCGACUCCAGGGCCGUGCUUUGCCGCAACGGCGUUGCGGUUCCGCUCACCUCUGAUCACAAGCCUGAUCGAGAAGACGAACUGGAGCGAAUUGAAAAAGCCGGUGGGCGAGUCAUAUAUUGGGACGGGCCGAGAGUUCUCGGAGUUUUGGCAAUGUCUAGAGCAAUAGGCGACAAUUAUCUGAAGCCGUUCGUGAUAUCGGAACCGGAGGUAACCGUGACGGACCGGACGGCGGACGACGAGUGCCUGAUACUGGCGACCGACGGCCUUUGGGACGUGGUGUCGAACGACACCGCGUGCAGCGUGGCGCGGAUGUGCCUGCAGUCGCAGAAACCGCCGUCGCCACCGCAGUCGCCGGGCAGCGAAGCCAACGUGGCAGACGGCGGCGAGAGCUCCGACAAGGCUUGCUCGGACGCGUCGAUGCUGCUUACCAAACUGGCGCUGGCGAGGCACAGCACGGACAACGUGAGCGUCGUGGUCGUGGAUCUCCGGAGAAAUCUAUAGCGCUCUGAUUUUUUUGGAUUACUCCCCAAUAGCGCUCUGAUUUUCAUCUGGGGCCUACAUUGUUCUGAUUUCUUUUCCCUUUUUUUUUAAUUUCUUUAAUUAAUAGACAAUUAGGUGGUGGUGGUGUACUGUUUGUUAUCUUCGGGUGUAGCCUUCCUUCGGCAAAGCAAGCAAAGGAUUAAAAGGGAAGAGAAUACUUUUAAGUUUUGCGAUUGUAUUAUUAUUCUAAAUGUAAAUGACGUCAUCUUUCAUCCAA